GCGCUGCUGCGCAAGCACCGGGCGGUGGUGGAGGAGGUGGAGAAGCACCGGGUGGCCGUGAUGUCCCUGCGGAAGCAGCUGGCGCUGCUGGCGCCCGACCACCGGCAAGGGGUGGACGUGCAGAUCCGGGUGGUGGAGGUGGAGCAGCUCUACGGGGAGGUGGCCGAGGUGGCCGUGCUGAGGACGCAGUGGCUGCAGGACGCGCUGGCCGUCUACAGGAUGUUCAGCGAGGUGCACGCCUGCGAGGUGUGGGUGGACGAGAAGGAGCAGUGGCUGGAGAAGAUGGAGGUGCCCGAGGAGCUGGAUGAGGUCGAGGUGGUCCAGCACAGGUUUGAGAGCCUGGACCAGGAGAUGAACAGCGUCAUGGGGCGCAUCCUGGACGUCAACCAGGUGGUGCAGCAGCUGGUGGACGGGGGCCACCCCAGCUCCGAGGAGGUCCGAGCGUGCCAGGACCACCUCAACAGCCG